AUGCUGAAAUACACAUCGGCUAUACACAAGCAGCGAGAUGAGUCCACGCGCCUUGCCGAUGACUCCAACUUGGAGGUGGGAGAUUCGAUGGGUGGCAUGGCCUCCACAGCCACAAUGAACCUGGAUCCCGAUGACCCAAACAUUCUCCCUGACGCCCAUAAUAUAGGGCACAACCUGGUGAAUAAGCUUGAAGAACGCGCUGUUGAAAUCGCAGACAAGAUUGCGAAGCAUAGACAUACGGAGAGUGACAAGGAGAAAAAGGAGGCUGAUGCCAAGCACGACCAAACACUAUUCCUCUGCCAACGCGAUUACAGCCAGCCAUGCCCACUGGGUUUCAAGCACGUCGCAACUGAGGACGGAAAGCAUAAGUGCAUAUUCCCCGCAUCCUAUACAGGACCUUGCCUGGGGCAAGAGCUUGUAUAUCGCCUGAUGCCCGAAGAAGAGAAACUCAGCUGGGCGCUGGACUGCCUGGCAAACUGGCCCUGCGUGCAGUGCACCAGGCGCUACUCCGACCUGUGCCCGGAAAAGUGGGAGCUUGACACGCAGGAAAUCGCGACCAAGGGAUUGUGCAAAGCAAAAGAUGAGUAUCAGGGUCCUUGCAAGGACGAGAAGCACGCAUUCAUCAAUUACAACAUCGGCAUGCAGAAGCAGUGGUCGCACCGGUGCCAGGCAUGGUGGCCGUGCGACAACAGCUCGAGACCUGGGCAAACCCCCGACGCCGACAUGCCCAUCACAAUGGCAGCUACUGCGUAUCGCAUGGGUCUGUAG